AAAAGGAGAUCAGAGACGCCUUCGGUUCAGUACUUAGGAUGUUCAUGCAUUCGCCAGCUGGUACUGUUUGUUUUCGUUAGUUAGAUUCAUUUUGUUGUUUUGCGGCAAUAGCUUUUUAACCUAAAAUUUCUGUAGAAAUCAACUGCCAGGGGUUCUUCGAAAUUAAAGAGAAUUAACGUCUAGGAACGUUUUCGUGAAUUUUAAAGACUCUUUAGAACUUCACAGGACCGCUUUCUCCUUAAAGGAUUCAACCACCCAGCUCAUCUACAGAAGUUAAGCAAAAUGACCAACGGCGGCAGUUGCAAAGCGGAGAUGGCCCCGGAGGUAGCGGCCGCGGCCGGCUUUGUUGCCAGUCUGUUGGGGACCAGGGGCUUCCUCACUGAACAACAACUGCAAGUGUUCAAGGACUGCUUACAGCAGGCACUAUCAGAGCACUACGCGCACCACUGGUUUCCAGAAAGACCCCAGAGGGGUUCUGGUUACCGCUGCAUUCGGAUUAACCAUGAAAUGGACCCUAUCAUAAGCAAAGUCGCCACCCGCAUUGGUUUGAAUAGCCAGCAGCUCUUUCUUCUCCUGCCGCGGGAGCUGACACUCUGGGUGGAUCCCUACGAGGUUUCCUACAGGAUCGGAGAGGACGGAUCCAUCUGCGUGCUUUACGAAGCCGAAGUGCCGGCCGCCGUCUCUGGAACCGGCGGCGAUAACGCGCGCAAUCCCGGCGUCAACUGCAAAAGCUUCAUGAUGGGCCGCACAAGCCCCCCGAAAACCUACCUGAUGACCGUGUCCAGUUAGGCGUGAAACCGGCCAGGAAGGAAGUGCGGAAGACGGCCGGUGCGUGAACCAGCAGGGAGCUCCGGGCUCCUUUGACCAACCAAGACUUUGGACCUUGUUUAGUAUCUGAAUAACUGUUUUUGGCACUGCCCUUCCAUCUUCUACUAAAUUGUAUUUAUUUAUUCGAGGCUCUUUCCCUCAGCCCUCCCGAAUACUGAAGCACUAUUAAGACUCUGCUGUUCCCAGUGGCAUUGGUCGUAUAUAUAUAUAGUGUUUUGGGUAACAUUUCUGACGCUGUUUAGAGGCCUAUAAUUACUUUACUUACUAUGAUUACCUUAACUGACAAGCUGAAUAGUGUACAUCUUUUUACCACCUGGGGUAAUGAGAUUUCCAAGCUGGCUUCCCAACUGAAAAAAUGGUGCAAUACUCCUUUUUUAGCAAAGAUACAAGGGCAAAAUAUCAUUGAUACUUGGGGAAACCUUUGAAAUGCACUACUUGUUUAUUGGCUAUUUGUUUUCUACCCCAGAUAUGAAACCAAAAAACAAGUUAUGCCUUUGCUAUGCAGCUAGACUGUUUGCUGUACUGUUGGAACUGGGUUUUAGAUCAGCAAUCGUUUGCAGUCUUAAAAGCAAUAAGUGGACUUUCUUGCCUUAAGUGAUGUGAUAGUGUUUCAUGUCAUUUGUUUGAUAUGUUGAAUACCUUCAUUGUGCAACUCGUUUUUAAUGAUGGAUACAUGUAAAUCUGGAAAUGGAUCACUGGUGCAUUUCAACCUGUGUGCUGUGGUGGGAAUCCGACCCGAUCCAUGGAGGUGGGCUGUUGCUGGGAGGUGACUGGGCGACCUGCUAACACAUGUUGAUGCUGGAGUGUGACGUUCUCCAAUCGUAGCUUUUCUCAUUUUUCAGCUGUUGAGCAGCUUAUUUGUUUACGGUGGGUUAUAUUUUCUCUUCACAUUUGAUUUGUAAGCUGUGACGACAAGUGUACAUUUUGUUUUUAUGAAUUUGUGUACAUAGGUAUAUGUACAGUUUUGUACUUGAGAUGAAGUAAUUUUUAAAAUAAACCUUUAUGAUCAUUA